GUGCGCAAUGAUUUUUGUGGAUGCUAAACAUCUUCCACACAAAGCUACAAACCAGUAAAAACUAAUCUGUUACAAUAACUGCAGCUGAGCGGAACACUGUCGUGAUGGGUUUGCUUACGAUUUUGAAGAAGAUGAAGCAGAAGGAGCGGGAGAUGAGACUGCUGAUGUUAGGUCUGGACAAUGCCGGGAAAACGACCAUCCUAAAGAAGUUUAACGGAGAGGAUGUCAGCACCAUCUCUCCCACACUGGGCUUCAACAUCAAAACACUGGAGCACAGAGGGUUCAAAUUGAAUAUUUGGGACGUAGGGGGUCAGAAGUCACUGCGCUCCUACUGGAGGAACUACUUUGAGAGCACAGACGGGCUGGUGUGGGUGGUGGACAGCGCAGACAGACUCCGACUGGAGGACUGCAGGCAGGAGCUCAGUGCACUGCUGCUAGAGGAGAGGUUAGCUGGGGCCACGUUGCUGGUGUUUGCCAACAAACAGGAUUUACCAGGAGCCCUGUCAAAAGAGGCAAUACGAGAGGCGCUGGCUCUGGAUGAGAUUAAAAGUCAUCACUGGUGUAUCAUUGGUUGCAGUGCAGUAACAGGAGAGAACUUGUUAGCUGGAGUGGACUGGCUACUAGAUGAUAUCGCUGCAAGGAUCUUCACCGCUGACUGACUGUGUGUCCUAUUUAAAAUGGCGAAACUGCAGCCUCUUGUUUGGCGAGCUCUGUCAUGACUUCUUGAUCAGACUGCAGGCAUCAGAAGUAUUGACACAGAGCUUAACAGCAGUCUACAUUUUGUUCCCUCACCUGCUGUGUGCAGUAACCAGACAACAGCGCUUUCUGUCUGUGAUCACUGGAACACACAGCUGCACAUCCUUUGAUUUUAGUGUUAUGUUUGAGGGAAGGAGACACAUUUAACCAGCGGAAAUGUGUCUAAUUGAAACAAACCUGAAUGAAUUUUGUUUACAUAUAACUAUGUAUGCAAUGUGAUGACUGAACACUUCUCACGAGUCCCCACUUUUAUACUGUGGUACAUCAGAUGAUUUGUGCAUCAUGUUUUUUUUCUUAAUAAAUGUAAAUGCUUACU